CUUGGGAAUUCUUCGCCUAGGGUGACCUUUUAGCUUUUCUUCCCAUGUUACCCUGUUAACAGCAUGAUACCCACUACCCCAUUAAAUCCCCAUCCCACCUCCCCUUUCUCUCUCAUUUAAACCUUCAGUGAGCUUUAAAUCCUGUUACAACACCUACAAAAAAAGCCUAAACAACAGGUAAUUGGUCAAUCGAUUGAUCGAAUCAAUACAUGAUGCGUCGGUCCUGACUGAAUCGAUUCAUCGGCUUCGAUCAAUUAUAAUCGAGGAGUCGAUAGUUUUAACCAAGAUUCUCGACCUGUUCUAGGGUUUAAUUUUUAUUUAAUUUUUCUUGUCUAUGGAAUCGGAUGAUGAUAUGCACGAUGCUAAUGACUUGGCGUCAGCGGAGGAGGAAGAUGAUUACUAUAGUGGCGGUGAAGAGGAAGUAGAUGACAACGACUACAGCUAUGAUCAAGCUCAAGACGAGGGCCAGGAGGACAUUGAAGAUUUCGAAUUUAUGGCUAAUGAGUCUGAUGACGUUCCUGUUAGUCGCUUACAGAAAAAUUACACCAUCUUGACGGAUGAAGAUAUACGACAACGUCAGGAGGAAGAUAUUACUAGAAUUUCUACUGUUCUUUCGAUUUCAAGAGAUGCAGCUUGUAUACUUCUUCGCCGCUAUAAGUGGAGCGUGAAUGAUGUGCAUGAAGAAUGGUUUGCUGAUGAAGAAAGAGUUCGCAACGCAGUUGGCUUGUUGGAGAAGCCACUGGUUAAAUUUUCAAAUGCUAAAGAAGUAACUUGUGGGAUCUGCUUUGAGAACUAUUCCCUUGACCGGAUAUGUACUGCUGCAUGUGGUCAUCCUUUCUGUGAUGCAUGCUGGAAAGCUUACAUUAGCACAUCCAUUAAUGAUGGCCCUGGAUGUUUGACACUGAGGUGUCCUGAUCCAUCUUGUGGUGCUGCCGUUGGUCAAGAUAUGAUUAAUAUAUUGGCACCCGAUGGUGAUAAGGAGAAGUACCGCCGAUACCUUCUUAGAUCUUAUGUUGAAGACAGUCGAAAGACCAAGUGGUGUCCGGCCCCUGGUUGUGAUUGUGCUGUUGAAUAUGUCGUUGGGAGUGGAAGCUAUGACGUCACUUGCAGUUGUUCUUAUAGCUUCUGUUGGAGUUGUACAGAGGAAGCUCAUCGUCCUGUGGACUGCGAAACUGUGGCCAAAUGGAUUUUGAAAAACAGUGCUGAAUCAGAAAACAUGAAUUGGAUAUUGGCAAACUCCAAGCCUUGUCCUAAGUGCAAGCGACCAAUUGAAAAGCACCAAGGUUGUAUGCACAUGACUUGCACACCACCCUGCAAAUUUGAAUUUUGCUGGCUUUGUCUAGGUGCAUGGUCAGACCAUGGUGAGAGGACUGGAGGUUUCUAUGCAUGCAACCGAUAUGAGGCAGCUAAGCAAGAGGGAGUGUACGAUGAAGCUGAGCGGAGGAGAGAGAUGGCGAAGAACUCUUUGGAAAGAUACACUCAUUACUAUGAGCGAUGGGCUUCCAACCAAGCUUCAAGGCAAAAGGCAUUUUUGGAUUUGCAUCAAAUGCAAAGUGUUCAUCUCGAGAAGCUUAGUGAAGUACAAUCCCAACCAGAGUCACAAAUGAAGUUCAUUAUAGAAGCCUGGCAACAGAUAGUUGAAUGUAGGAGGGUGUUGAAAUGGACCUAUGCUUAUGGAUACUACCUGCCUGAACAUGAACAGAUUAAGAAGCAAUUUUUUGAGUAUUUGCAAGGUGAGGCAGAGGCUGGUUUAGAAAGGCUCCAUCAAUGUGCAGAGAAGGAGCUACAGAACUACCUUAAUGCCGAAGGUCCAUCGAAGGAUUUCAAUGACUUCCGUACGAAACUUGCUGGCCUGACAAGGUAAUUCUUCUUCUAUACCUUUCAUCAAA